AUGCAUCUCUUCUUGCAGACGUUGCGGUCAUCCCCAGUGCUAUGGCUGCUGAUACUGCUGCCCAUAUCUGUCAUCUCCACUCACACACUAUGCCCAUCACUUUGUCUUUGUGACUCCAGGGCACUUUUUGUAAACUGCUCAGGAACAAACCUGUCAUCCAUUGUAAUUCUGCCUCCUCUGGCUACAGAAUUUCUAGAUCUGUCCAGCUGUUCCUUAAAUACUUUACCUCCUCUUCAUAACCUCUGGAGGCUCCGUACAAUUCUUCUGGCUCAGAAUAAAAUCUUGCAAGUGGGCGAUGGAUCCUGGAAGAGUUUACAGAGUCUGCAAAUCCUGGACCUAAAUGGAAAUAAAAUAGGAAAUUUAAGUGUGGGUUUCUCCUUGGGUCUUGAAUCCCUUACACAUCUAGUUCUAGCUCAAAAUCAUUUGCAUUGUGUUCCUAAAUACAGUUUCCAACAAUUGUAUAAUCUGGAACUAUUGGAUCUGCAAGGAAAUCUCAUUUUCAGUCUGGAUUCUGGAGCCUUUAGGUCUUUAACUAAGCUCCGUCAUCUUCAGCUUCAGAACAACAAGCUGCAAAGCUUAAAGAAUAAUGACUUUUCAGUUCUGCAAAGACUUGAAUUCCUUGAUUUGUCGGGCAAUCAGAUCAAUAAUCUGCCUUCUGGAGUGUUCACACCUCUCCACUCUCUCACGUUCUUAAAUCUACAAAAUAACAAGCUGCGUCAUCUACGCUUUCAGACGCUGAGCAACUUGCCGUCAACUGGGACUCUUCUCUUGCUGUCAUCAAAUCCUUGGGAAUGCGAUUGUGAUUUGCAGCGUAUGUUUGGCAAAUUGAGAAGUUUGCAGAAAAUCUAUUUACAAGAUGGAGAGCAUUUAAAUUGUGCAGCUCCCCCCGCAUUGAAGGGGAGACCCCUCAAAUCGCUGGACACGCAACUCUGUGUAGCAGAAACCGUCACUGUGCUGAUGAUCACCCUAACUGUAGCAGUCACUGUGGUUGGUGCCAUAGUAACUGCGGAAAGAAGCCGCAAAAAGAGCCCUAGACAUCAAGGCAAUGAAACGUGUGGGCAAGAAUAA